AUGGCACAUAUUUCCCACUCACUCUUUCUCACCCCCAUCUCUUUCUGCACCCUCCCCAAAACCCCAACCACUUUUCCCUUUUCCACUUCAACACUUUCCUCGCCGCUUUCCCCACCAAGAUUCACCUCACUCCCUUCCCGGAGCUUCCCCCGCUCCAUACCGCAUUCCAACGCCGCCGAAUUCUCAGCCUCCAUCAACGACGACGAAUUGCUUGAACUUCCUGAGGAAUUAGAAUUAGAAUUAGACCAUCAGGUUGAUUAUUCCGACGACGAAGACGUCGAUGUCGUCGCUCUCGAGCAAGAAGCAAAGGAAGCUGCACUGGAGUAUUCAACCUCUCUAUCCCGCAUUUUGACUAUAGAAGAUGAGAUAACUGAUGCGAGAGAAACCGCUAAAAACUCCAGGAGGAGUAAACCGAAGAAAAAAAUUAUCCCCGACAAUCUUCUCCCAAGGAUUGCUAUUGUUGGAAGACCGAACGUUGGCAAGUCAGCAUUAUUUAACCGUCUUGUUGGGGGUAACAAGGCAAUUGUGGUGGAUGAACCUGGGGUUACGAGGGACCGUUUAUAUGGCCGAUCAUUUUGGGGAGAUCAUGAGUUCAUGGUGGUAGACACCGGGGGUGUUAUAACUGUUUCAAAAUCGCAAUCUACGGUUAUGGAAGACCUGGAUAUUACUACGACAAUUGGUAUGGAUGGUAUUCCCCUUGCCUCUAGAGAAGCAGCUGUUGCUAGGAUGCCAUCGAUGAUUGAGAAACAAGCAAUUGCAGCUGUGGAAGAAUCAUCUGUUAUUGUUUUCCUGGUUGAUGGUCAGGCAGGUCUAAUAGCAGCUGAUGUGGAGAUUGCUGAUUGGCUACGUAAAAACUACUCAAACAAACCUAUCAUUCUAGCAGUUAACAAGUGUGAAUCUCCAAAGAAAAGAAUUAUGCAGGCGUCUGAAUUUUGGGCCCUUGGGUUUGAACCAAUCCCAGUAUCAGCAAUAUCAGGGACUGGAACUGGAGAGCUUCUUGACCUUGUUUGUUCAGGGAUACAGAAAGUUGAGGAGCCAGAGAAUCUUGUUGAAGAAGAAGAUUAUAUUCCAGCAAUUUCUAUUGUUGGUAGACCAAAUGUUGGCAAAAGUAGCAUUUUAAAUGCACUGGUUGGUGAGGACAGAACUAUAGUCAGCCCCAUCAGUGGCACUACACGUGAUGCUAUUGAUACUGAAUUUAUUGGAGCAGAUGGCCAGAAGUUCCAUCUUAUUGAUACUGCUGGAAUCAGGAAAAGGACAACUGUAGCCUCAGCUGGAAGUACAACAGAGGCUUUGUCAGUGAAUCGAGCAUUUCGCGCUAUUCGUCGUUCUGAUGUUGUUGCUCUUGUCAUUGAGGCCUUGGCUUGUAUCACUGAACAGGACUACAAGAUAGCUGAAAGAAUAGAAAAAGAAGGCAAAGGCUGUGUGAUUGUUGUAAACAAGUGGGAUACAAUACCUGAUAAAAACCAGCAGACUGCAUCACACUAUGAGCAAGAUGUCAGAGAGAAGCUUCGUUUACUUAACUGGGCUCCUGUUGUUUAUUCUACUGCUCUAGCUGGCCAUAAUGUUGACAAGAUCAUUGUUGCUGCUAGUGAAGUGGAAAAAGAGAGAUCAAGAAGACUGGGUACUUCUAUAUUGAAUCAAGUUGUGCAGGAAGCAGUAACUUUUAAGCCUCCUCCCAGGACACGAGGUGGAAAAAGAGGACGUGUUUACUAUUGCACUCAGGCUGCUAUAAGGCCGCCUACAUUUGUGUUCUUUGUAAAUGAUGCAAAACUUUUUCCUGAAACUUACCGCCGCUUUAUGGAGAAGCAGCUGCGUUCAAAUGCGGGAUUUCCUGGUACACCCAUUCGGCUUUUGUGGCGCAGCAGGAAAAAAAUGGAAAAAAAUGAAGGCAAAAAGGGGACGAGGAUAAAAAACAAUCCUGCCUCACACGGUCGAAAAUUGAUACCAGCUACACAAUAG